AAUGCGUGUCAACCUUAUUCUCUUCUUCUCACCAUCAUCAUCAAAGCAGAAAAAGAAGACUCACCUUUUCUCUCUUCUUCACCAGAUAACAAUGGCGAUGGCUUUCAAAAUGGCGACGACAGGGAUGUGGGUGACGGAUGAGUGCAAGAACUCGUUCAUGGAGAUGAAGUGGAAGAAGGUCCACAGGUACAUAGUCUUCAAGAUCGACGAGAGGUCCCGUCUUGUUACUGUCGACAAGGUGGGUGGUCCCGGCGAGAGCUACGCCGAUCUCGCCGCCUCCUUGCCCGGCGAUGACUGCAGAUACGCCGUCUUCGACUUCGAUUUCGUCACCGUCGAUAACUGCCGCAAGAGCAAGAUCUUCUUCAUCGCAUGGUCUCCAACAGCAUCAAGGAUAAGAGCUAAGAUUCUAUACGCAACAUCCAAAGAUGGGUUGAGAAGAGCUCUUGAUGGAAUCAGCUAUGAACUUCAGGCCACUGAUCCAACUGAGAUGGGAUUUGAUGUAAUUCAAGACAGAGCCAAGUAGAUGCGGAUUAGAAACUCCCUAAUUAUGUGCCAAGCUAAUCAAAGAAUUUGAGUUCUCUGCGGUCAGGACAAUCCUAUAUUCACGCGGUCAAAAAAAAAAAUAUGCAUCGUUUGAUCAAGAUCGGUCGGCAGAAAUUUUAGAUUAGCCUAAGAUUUGAGUGGUCUUUGUCUGGUCUUGAUCGAACGGCUCAGAAUGUAUGACUACGUGAAUAUAGGGUUUCUUUGACUGCGGAGGAUCCAAACUCGCUAAUCAAUCAAUUAAUCCGUAAAUCUUACUCUUAUUAUUAAUAAUUAUAUAUAAUUGAGUAACUGCAGUCCAGUGACAGUGGGACAUGUGCUUUUUUUUUUCAUUCUGAUUUCUUUGCUUGUGGUAGUUGAAUUAUGUUGGGUUUUUGGCACAAUUGUGAUGUAAGUGGAGCAUCUAAUCUUGAAUCUCUAGUCAUAAUAAUUGAGUUGUAUGUAAUAUAUAUGACUGUCUGGUGUAUGAUAAGUUAAGGGCAACAAACCUUACCUUUGGUUGUAUUAUCUUUAAUGAUGAGAAUUGUUGAAAUGGAAAGGAAUGGAUUAGCUCAA